AUCCCUAACUUGCGUUUCUUCCCAGACUUAGCGCCGCUUCUUCAUCUUUUUCAUUCUUCUUCAGUUUUUUUCGUGGUUCUUCUCAUUUGCGCUGCACUCACCUCUGAAUUUCCUAUGCUUUCACUCUCAUUCUCUGUCUCAUCAGCAACUUCUCUGUCUUCUGCCGGUCGUCGUCCGCCUCCUUCUUGUUGCCGUCGCCCAUUUGGCUUCACCUCGGAAACUCCUCAGCAGGCUGCGACUACUUUGCCCCACUCCGUCUCAGUGCGCAAGCUCAGCAUUUGUCGUCGCCUCCGCCUAGCCAGUCAGCACAAGUAAACUCGAGAGGGAGUUUACAUAGAGAAGAACUUUUCCAGACUUUGUGGUGUAGUUUCCAAAUCAUCUGUAGAUGAAGAGGCGGAUCAAUGAAUGGAAAACUCAACUGGCGAAGUAGAUAAACUUGGAGCUGAGUAGCCAUAAAUUCCAAUUUUUAUAUGAAGUAUGGGAGCUUUCAUUGAGAUAUAAUAAUAGGUUAUCAGAAUACUUAUAGGAACUUGACAUUCUUGAUUUUGUGAAGAGCUUAAAGAAGUUUGACAAACAGUCACGCCAAUGGCGGCAAGAGAGCGUGUAUUUGAAACUAUUGGAAAAUCAGUGAAGGCGGUGGCGAAAAGCAGAGGCUCCGAGUGGUGGUACACUCCUCACAUGGCGGCCGCUGCCCGUGCCAUAGAAGAGCGCAUCCCACUCGUCGAUCUUAUUCUCGAAGUGAGAGAUGCCCGGAUUCCAUUAUCAUCGGAAUAUUUGCAAUUGAGGAAGAUUCCUUCCGCUUGUCGGAUCAUUGUGCUGAAUAAGGCGGACCUUGCUGAUCGCUCCCAAACAAAGGAAUGGUUGAGGUUUUUUGAGAAACAGAAAUGUAUGGCUUUUGGAGUAAAUUCACAUAACAGGGACACUAUUAGGGAGUUUUUGACCUUCCUCCAAGCAAGAGUUAGAGAAUUAAAAAAGAAGGAUGAUCGUGCGCAUGUAAUAACUUUAAUGUUAGUCGGUAUUCCCAAUGUGGGGAAAUCUGCAUUAGCCAACUCUUUGCAUCAGGUCGGAAGGAUUUCUGCAGCAGAGAAAGGGAGGCUUAAACACUCUGUAGUGACUCCACAGCCCGGGGAGACAAAAAGUAUAAGCAGUUUAAAGAUCGCUAGCCACCCUAAUAUAUUUGUUCUCGACACCCCAAGUGUAUUGCCUCCUAACGUGAUUGAUGAUGAGGUCUGUUCUAAGCUUGCUGUAACAGGAGCAAUCAAAGAUAGUGUGGCUGGAGAAAUAAAUCUCGCAGAAUAUUUUCUCUACAUCCUUAACCUAGGUGAGGAGUACAAGAAAUGGGCGAAGCUAUCAAGCUCUGAAGCUGGAGUGGCAUUGACUGGUGAUGGUAGUUUGAGUCUGCGGAGAAAGCAGAAGAAGCAGUAUCCGAUUGAUCACACUCAGGAUUUCAUUGUCAACAAUGUACGACGCACACUUUUUGACUCGGUUUCAUCGUUUGGUGGUUGUACGGAAGAUCUAGCUCGUCUAAUUCAAGGAGAGUUUGAGGUUUUGCAGAAGGUAUUUCAUCUUCCUUUAGAAACAAAAGAAUGUAAUUAUAGUCGAGUAGCUAUCAAGUUGCUUAAUUUGUACCGCACCGGAAGGUUGGGUCAUUAUACAUUAGAUCAUGUUCCAUGUAAUGAAUGAUCUGUAUACAUAUUAAUUAGAUAACUUCUUUGUUAUUGUUA